AAAUGACAUCACACAGAAUGGUACUAUUCUUAGCUCCUGGAAACUGGAUGACCUCAUCUUUUUCCUCCCUCGCGCAGGUAUAGACAUACAACAACAAAUAAUGUUAGAGGCGCAGACAGAAGAGAAGAGAGAGGAGCUCGGGAGCACAGCUACCCUGAAGAGAGCGAGAUCAAGGGACUGUUUAUAUUCAAACACAGGCUUCACGCGCUGCACGCUUGCUCUUGUUUGUGCUAUUUGAGUUUUAACGCUCGUCCAGCAGCUUCGUUGGACUUUUUCAACCUUUUUUGAUUUCCUACGCACUCUGCUGAUCCAUAACCGACUGAAUUGGUUUUCGGAUUGUAUUAACAUUUGGAAGAACUAUUUCUUUAAAACAAAAAAUUCAAGAGAUGGUCUACUACAGGGACAGUCAGUGCGAGAGGCCGCCGUUGUCUCGUAUUCUGCCGCAUCUCUACCUUGGUGCAGAGACUGACGUAACGCAGGAUGGUUUGUCCGACCGAGGCAUCUCAUACGUACUAAGUGUGAGCCGAUGCUGCCCACAGCCUUCAUUUCUGCCCCAGUCCCAGUACCUCCGGAUCCCCAUAGACGACUCCCUGCGGGAUGACCUGCUUCCUUGGAUCCCUCAGGCGUUGCACUUCAUUGAUGGGGCCAUGUCAUGUGGCUGCUCAGUCCUGGUCCACUGUGCUGCAGGAAUCUCUCGGUCUCCAGCACUUGCUGUGGCUUACGUCAUGUAUAGCCUAAAAAUGGAUCUGGAUCAUGCUUACAGGUUUGUGAAAGAACGCAGACCCACAAUUUCACCAAACUUUAACUUCUUGGGGCAGCUGCAGCUCUUCGAGGGAACACUGUCUUUGAAGAAUAAUAACACAAACCUUCACACUCAGCAGUCAGUCAAACCUUUGGAUAACUGCCUACAGCCCACCAGUGAAAAAAACAACAGCAGUUCCACAGCAGCACUGUUAACUAACCUAAACCUUCAGAACAGCAUGGACAACAACUGUAUUAUUAAUGGAUGUACUGAGGAUUCCAAAGCAAACGUGCACUGUGAGAACAAGAACAACCAAAUGGAAAAUAUUCAGAACCGAGGCCAACGCUGUGAGGUGAUGAAGCCAGAGUUUACCUUAUCUCUUUCAGACAAGCUCGGAGCGCUCACUCUCCGCACCAGUCCCGUAGAGGUACAAAGACCAAUCAACGUCACAUCUCAGACACAGCAGGAUGCACCAAAGUCCAACCUACCUAAGCCUACUUACCUUCAGAUUCCGUCUCUAGCGGAGAAACGCAAAAGCCUUACUCUUUCCCUAACACCAGUGUGUGCAGUUCCUCAGUCUCACCAGAAGGGGUCAUUAGUGAACAGCUGUGAUCUGAACCAGAGCAGUUCCGCCGUUGACCAGACGGGGGAGUUAGAUGACCUGGGCAGAGUCAAUAUGGAGCCAUCAGCAUCAGAAACCAGAACAGAACCAAAAGAGGCAAAAGGGUUUAUCAGCCAGGAGGCUUCAGCUAAACUCAGCUGCUCAAAAUCACAACGACGAAAGAGUAAACUAAACAGCAGUAACCCCAGAGCAAAUAUGGAGCAACAAAAAAAAAAACAAGUGAGCCAUUCAAGCACAAGAUCACAGAGGCAGACCCAGGGACCACGUGGUAUUGUACCCUCUCCGCAGGAGCUUUUCGUGAAGGAGGUUACUGGUGGUGUUGAAGCAGUGGAGGGUAUGGUCGGAGACCAGAGCCCCUUGUCUCCAGUCAGUCUUACAGUCAACAAAAUACUGGACUGGGGUGAACGCAUGCUGCUUGGGGUCCUACUUGGCCCACGUAUUAAAGUGGGACAGGCUGCUUUGCCGUACAGAUGUUGAAGAGAGAUGUAUGGACUGCGCUAUUUAAAGAAACAGGUGUAAACAAGGACUGUACACUGUAUCUCCUUAAUGAUCUGAAGGAACUAAAAUGAAGACAAUGAUACUAUGGCUGAAAAAGCAUAUGUAUGAGUGUGUGAAUUCACUUAUUUAUUUAAUGAAAUUGCAUGUUCCUCCAAGACUAUUUGACAGACUCACGUCAUCUGAUGGACUGGUGAUAUGUGAAUAAAUGACUGAACGUCUGCAAGAACAAGUGCGAUUUGUUCUGUUAUAAUGCACAGUCUGCCUGUGACUUUAUUUAUUGAAAUACACUGAUAAUUGUUAUUUAUAAAGGGGUAUUUUGCAGGUGGAAUUUUAACACUAUAGCUUGUAUUGAAAACAGUGUUCAUUAAAGACAAUUAUUUUA